AAGUGACCUAGAACCUGCUUUGGCAAGAAAACUGGCCCAAGGGGAUGUUGAUCCAGUGACACUUCUACCGAUGAUUGAUAUCAAUCCGAGUUUCGUACCUCGCACAGUAAAGCCCCUCCCAUUUCAGGCCAACAAUGUUAAUCGGCCUAGCUCAGUCAAAGGAAAGGGCAAAGCAAAAGCCGAGCCUGAGAGUGGCGGAUUGCUUACCUUCUUCGGUAUUUCCGUCCUCAGUGGCAAUGACACCCAUAUAUUUGACCGUAUUCCUACAGCUCCACAGCCAAAAGCUACCCUUACUCGUAGUAAUUCUGCGCCAACAAGGCGAACGGCAGUGCCCGGUAAAGGUAGCGGAAAGAGGACACUUGUCGAUAUACUUGACCAAGACCUCGCUGCAAAACGCAUAAAAAUAAAUCAGGCUUCGUCUUCCACAGACCAUUCUGUCCUCACGCAUUCAAGGUUCUUCCCCUUUCCAUCGAUGUCACAACAGCAGGUGGAACUACCCGAGGACGAUCUGAUGCCCAGUUCACGUAUCCCAUACCCCCUAUCUGAUAAAGAAAAUCUCCCCGAUCAUGCCGACAACGUUAUAGUAGUCGAGGAAUUGGACGAAAUUCUUGAAGAGCCCCGGGAUCCUGUCACACAAGAAGAUGGGUACCUGUCACCUUCCCCAUCCUACUUCCGAUCAGCCACACCUGAUCUCUCUUCACCUGUACGGCCGUAUAAGCCCGCACGGCAUGAUCAUCGUGACGGAGACGACUUCGGCGCUGAUAUCGUCCCCAGCCCAACGGCAGUGAGAACAAUCACGCGACAUGCCUUGCAUCAAUGUUUACUGCCUAAGAAAGAGAAAGUUAGUAUCCUCGUUCGGGAAACGCCGCCGCCGAUGAAUGGCAUUGGUUCUGCCGAUGAAAUCGAAGGACCUGACUUGCGUGAUGUUCUCGACAUUGAACCGCCUUGGGAUAUCGAUGCAAUCGAUGAUGAUAUAAUCACUUCGGCAUCAUCAUCAUCCACUACUGGUCCUAUUACUCCGGAAGACAACGGUACGAAUGACGAAUUUGACAUAGAUGGAUCGGCUGAA